UGAUUUUUAAAUAUAAAUAUUUUAUUUUUUAGAUUGAAUCAAACGUUUUAAUAGUAAAAGUUAUACCUAAACUGAAGAUGUAUCGACACUUAUUUUUCUUAUUAAUUCUUGGGUUUGUUUAUAAAAUUGACUGUGGUGACUGGAUAGAGCCCAGUAAUAAUCAAAACAAAUGGGCUAAUGAAACUGGAAGUGUACUUUUUGAAUGGAAAUAUAAUUUAGGCAGUGGAGACACUCCUUCCAAUGUUGCAGUCCAAUGUGGUUAUUUUAAAGGCACAGACUUACAAACUGUUGUGCAAAAAGUAGGACACACAAAUCCACUGGGAAGAACUAAUGAUGCAAUGAGCUCAAGGGUGGAUGUUUUCACAAGAAAUGAGGAUCCAGGAUAUGUUGCUUUUAGAUUAAGAAGUGUACAAAAAUCUGAUGAAUAUGCUUACCAAUGUACCCUAAAUACUCCAUUAAGCAAACAAAGUAAAAGAUACACACUCAAAGUAUUAAAACGGCCAGAAUUUAAAACUUUUUCUGUGAAUCCUACAUCUGUGGAAGCCGAAAAAGCAAUCACAAUAAAUGUGGUUACAUCUGGUAAUCCUGUGCCAAGGUUGAUUUGCUAUCUGAUGUCAACAAGUGGAAAUGAAAUAGAUCGAUUACCUCGUUCUGGUCGAACUAGCAAUAUUACACAAAAGACAUUUCUUGUGACAAAAUUAUCGAAAGAAGUUUUAUGUAUUGCCACUGGAGAGCGCACAGGUCCUGUAAACGACACAAGACAGCUAAAUGUUAUAUCUAAACCAUUUAAAGUAAAGAAUUUGGCACAAGUUGAGAGCUCUGUUGACUCGUCUGUUACUGUCAGAUGGCUUCAUAUACCAUCCAAUGAAACCGGUGAUCCAAGUCAAGGAGAAAGUUUUCUUCUCCGUUAUGAGCUUGUAUGGUGGGACAAAAGUAUAGGAAGAAUACAAAAUCAAACUAUUAAAGAUUUAGGUUUGCCUGGUACACUGGAACAAAACCGAUAUUACUACAAGAGGGAUGGCUAUGUUUAUUAUACCUUAAGAGACUUGGAUAUAAAAAGUCAAUAUGGUAUAGUAGUGUAUGGAGUCAACCGAUUGGGAAAAGGAGAAGAAACCAAUGUAAAUACUGAUUUUCGUCCCAAAAAUGCUGCUAGCAAGACAGAUGAUGGCGACAACAUGAUUGGUAUUGUUAUUGGAGCUGUGUUGGGAGGGAUAAUUGUAUUGGUUCUUGUGAUUGUUUUUAUCGUUUGGUGUAGCAAACGCUCUGAUGCAAGCAAACGUUAUCCAGCCAGUUAUGUUGAAGAGGCUGUUGAUUACCCGCCUAACCAAGGCCACAGUCUUUACGCUGGUGUUGAAAAAAAACAAAAAGUAGUCUCUCGAAGUGAUUCGACUUCUGGAUACCCCGACGUAGUUGGAAACGGUAACGAUUACUCCAUGAAGCCAAGAAAUAGUUCUUCGUACGAACCUUCCAACAAGGCGUUUGUAUAAAGCUAGUUUUUUACGAAUCACAUGAUAGAGACGGUAAUUUACAGAAGACGCAUUUGCAGAGAGGAGUUGAAGCUGGUCACGUGGCUUCGGAGGCGUUUCAUGAAAUCACGUAAUUUGCACUUUAGUGGAUAAGCAGACCAGUGUGGAACAAAAUGACUUGAUUUUUGCACAUUUAGACUGGAGAUAAUUAGGUUAUAUAUAAGAAAAGUUAUAGUUAUUAACUCUCUUCAAUUUGUUCAGUAUUUCACUUUCUUAAGGUAAGCUGUUUUGACUGCGCAGGCUGUCCUUUUGUACAUUUUCUAAAGUCUCCUUUAUUUCCAGUCGAGUUGUGGAUUUUCAUUGCUUAUGUGUUAACGCCAGAAAGGGUGUAAAUUUAUGAAAACUUUCAGAAAUUGGGGAACUUUGGUAAAAAAAAAACUCUGAUAAGGUUGAGAGCAAAAAGUGAAAUAUUUGAUAGAAACAUUUAAAGAAAAGGUGAAAGAAUCACAGUUCCCAUGUCAAGCCCAUUUUUUUUGUUUUUUUAAUUUUUAAUAUAUUUUUUUGAUUUUUAUUAAAUUUUUGGUAAUUGGAAUGAUAAUUUUUAUUUUCAUAUAAUGCACAAUCUUGUAAUGUACAUACAAUUUAUUUAAUUUUCACUGUACAGUUUGAUGGCUAACUUGUCGUGGAAGAUUCGUUACCAGUCUUUUUAAAACAAUCCCGUGCAUUCAAUAACAAGCAAUAUAAGAAAAGAAAAUAUAUAAAAUUAGUUACUUCAUGGAAAAUCCAGAAGGUUCACCGGCCAACAAAUUAUUUACUUUGCGGGGAACCUGGAAUAAAGCUGUGCGCAGCCAUUUUGGACGUACAGAGUGUGGUUAUUACAAAAUAGAAAUAAAGAGUAUAAGGUAUUGCUGGUUUGAAUGCAUGUUAUUUGUUUACAUCUGUAUAGUUUAUUUUCAGUUGGUGUAGUAGGUUUAUAACACGUGUAUAUUAAUUCGAUUUUUAUAAUGAACUAAUCAAAUCAUAAUCCUUUAUUAGAAAAA